UUACUACUAUUUACACUAACACGUAGAGUGCCUCGAUAGAGGCACUCUACUAACACGUAUCCAACGCCUAGCGAUACCGCCAUUACUAUCAGUAACUGCCCUUGAGUGUGUAUUGCGUUCGUAUUCGUAAAGCGACGAUACUUUUGGAACAUGUGAUAACUGCAGUUGAAAUCUUCCACAAUGUCAAGAUCCAUGUUUGAAGAUGGAUUUGUUGAGCGACAUGACCUGGAACAAUAUUUUUGGACCGAGGAGACGGUAAAACGUUUGAUGAAAGCUCUCGAAAGCUUUUACGAACAAUGCUGCUGCCUUACGACGCCUAGUUUAGCUCAUGCGUGGCAUUUGGAAGGUCGAGAAGAAGUGUUAUUGGAUAUUGACACAAGGUUCGAUUACUUACCCAAGUUUAAAUAUUACGACAUCACUCAUCCAUAUGAGAUGGAAGAUCAAUUUCGUAUCAUCAUAUUUGAUCCGCCUUUUUUUUAUAUACCCAUGAAACAAAUGUUCGAAUCCGUGUGUAAAAUAGUUCAUAAUGAUUUCAACACAAAAAUUAUGAUAGGAUUUUUAAAACGCGAAGAAAAAGAAUUAAUGAAAUAUUUUGAUGUGUUUAAAAUCAAACCGACCAAGUUCUCAUUGAACUAUGCUACGGUCAAGCCUAAUAAAUGGAAAAACUAUUGUUUGUACUCAAAUAUUGACCUCCCUGGAAUCAAACGAAUUUAAAGAGUAUUUCUGUAUUUGUUACAAUUAUAUUCCAAUAACAAAUUGUCUUUUAUUGUUUAAUUGGUUAUCUAUUA